AUGAAGGCAGCUUACAUGGCAUCGUUCUUUGUCUUCGUAAUUGGCUCUGUGGUAGCUGCCUCGGCACCAAAUUCAACGGCAUUUGUCGUCGGCCGCGCCUUGAGUGGGCUGGGAUCCGCUGGUGUGUUUGCUGGUAGCAGUAUAAUUGUCGCAAACACAACCUCCCUCAAGCAUCGGCCCAUUUAUACAGCCAUGUCUGGUGGUAUGGAGUGCAUGGCUUUGGCAUUCGGUCCAGUAAUUAGCGGUGCUGUGGCUCGCUACUCCAAAUGGAGAAUCAGCUUUUAUAUCAUCAUCCCUGUGGGUGUUGCGGUCAUUCUCUCUGGGUUUUUCUUCGUCCAUGAUAUCAAACGCCCUGAAAAUGCUAGUCUCUCCAAUAAGGAGAAGCUCAAGCGCUUGGACGUUCCCGGUUUCGCUAUUUUUGUUCCAUGGGCAAUAUCCGUGAUCCUCGUUCUGGGUUGGGCAGGAACAGAAUACCCAUGGAACGACUGGAGGAUCAUUUUGCUGUGGAUUGUAGCGGGCAUGUUUCCCCUGAAGCUUAUGUGCGAGCGGUCCGUCGCUCUCAGCUCCAUGUUCACCUUUUGCAACUCUGCAGCCCUUUUCGUCACUGCCUACUAUGCAAUCCGUGACGCGAGCACCUUUGAGUCUGGACUCAUGUAUCUCCCUACUGCUGUUCCCUUUGCCCUCGCAAUUCUCGCCGCCGGACCUAUCACAAGCUUUAUCGGUUACUACCCCCGUUAUGAAUGGAUUUCAUAUCAAAUCCUAUAUGGAAUUGGUGUUGGACUGGCAUUUCAGCAGCCAUACACCGCCGUGCAAACCGUCCUUCCAGAUACUGCAGUUGCUACUGCGCUGGUGGUUCUUAGCUUUACUCAAGAAAUCGGUGGCAUCGUGGCUCUCUCGAUUGCGCAAAACAUGUUCACGAAUCGACUUACUCGAAAUCUCACGAGAGAGGUACCGGGGCUAGACCCCCAAAUUGUCUUGAACAAUGGUGCGCUGGGGAUCAAAAUCAUCGUUACCGAGGGGCAGACGGCAGGUGUGAAGAGUGCGUACAACGAGGCCAUCAUUGAUGUUCACUAUCUGGCGUUGGCUUUGACCUGCUUAACCAUUGUCGGUGCGGUUUUCAUUGAAUGGAAGUCUGUCCGGAAGGAGAAGAAGGAGGAGGACAAAUGGGCAGUAACAAGGGCUGUGGAAGAUGUAGCGAAGGAGCAACCGCAGGGAGGGCCGACAGGUUCAAAUGGAGGGUCAACUUAA